AUGAGCAUGGUGAUCGUGAUGACCUUGUACUAUAUGGUGAAGUUCUCCAUGGGGGACUCCGUGGUGGUGCAGAUUCUCCGCUGUGUCCUGGAGUGCUACCUGAUGAUGCGGAUCCUCAGCGUGAAGUGCCUCCUAAUGGAGUGGAUAUUUGUGGUGUGCUACCUGGAAGUGCGGAUCUUCCUGGCGAGGUACUUCCUGGAGGGCAACACGGUGAUGCGGAUGAUCUUGGCGAAGUGUUUCCUGGAGGAGUGGAGGUACUUGGUGGUGCGGACCUUCAGUGUGGAGUGCUUCCUGCUGGAGUGGAUGGUGAUGGGAUACCAUUUGGAGGUGUGGAUCUUUCUGGCGAGGUGCCCUCUGGAGGGCUCCAUGGUGGUGUGGAUCCUCGUGGUGAAGUGCUUCCUGGAGGAGUGCAGGGUGGUGGAGUGCUUGCGCCUGGCCUUCGUGGAGCCCUUGAGGAAUGUUUCGGCCCGCUGCGGGAGGCUCAGAAGAGGAUGGAGGCUCAACUCUUCCUCAGUUUCUCAUGUCUCAGAGUCAAUGGCCCUUCUAUGCUUCGUGAUGGUGAUGGUGGUGAGGUUCAUUCCUCACGUGAUGCUGGGGUCGCAGAUCCUCCACAAGGCGGCGGUGUGGUUCGAGUGA